CUUCCACGUCUUUGGCAUAAUGAAGACUCCGGCUGUGAGUCUCGCCGCGGCGCAGAUGCUCGAGUUCGAGCGCACAGGCCACGUGCGCACGCGCAAGCUGCUUCCUGGCGCAGCCACCUCCGCACUUUCUAAGGAAGUCGAUCGGCUCUACACGGAGCGCGAGAGCGAGGCACUCCGCCAGAAGGUAAGGGUGUUGCUGGGCGACGACCGACUCGCGCGCGCGGAGCACAAGAGUGCGGCUUCGCCCCAUGUGCUGCGUCGCAUACUCCGCGAAGAGCUGCCGGAGGGUGCGGUGCCCUUCAUGCAGCUCUUCAAUUUGUGGCGCACGUCGCCAAUGGUCCACGAGCUCUGGCGUUCGCCGGCGCUCGCCGGGACCGCCGCCAGCCUGCUCGGCGUCGAGCGCGUUCGGCUGUACCAGGAUUCGUACUUCCUCAAACGCCCGGGCGACGGCCCGACUCACUGGCACUCAGAUCUGUCGAUGGCGCCUCUCGACACAAACUCCUUUGUGACCUGCUGGCUGCCGCUGCACGACGUGGCCGCACCCGACGACGGCGGCAGCUCCCUGGUCUUCGCGAGCGGCUCACACCGCGAUGUCGCCCUCAACUUCUGGCACGGCGACCCGCGCCGUCCAGUGGACGCCUCGACGCGGGGCUACCCGCUGCGUGAUGGCGGUGCGCUGCGCGCGGGCGACGCCACUUGGCACCAUGGCUGGGUGUUGCACAGCGCCGCGCCGAACAUGGGCGACGUGCCGCGGCGCGCCGUCGCGGUCUCGUUCUACGCGGAUGGCGCCAGCCGGCUGCAGGGCGCGCUGCGUUCGCAGGAUGACGAAGAUGCCGAAAGCUGCGUGGCGUGGCUGGGCGACGUGCGGCCAGGGCGGGCGGCGCGCCAUCGAUUGUUGCCUCUCGUCUGGCCGCCCGAUGCGACGGGUGGAGGCAGCGCUCGUGGCAGCGUCGGCAGCUGCGCGGAAGCUAGUACGCGGGCUCGCAGGAGCGUCGGCGGCGCCGGUGGUCGCGGGGGGCGUGGCGGCGCAGGCGAUGGCAAGCGGGGCAGAGGUGGGGGCGCGCGCGGGAGGCGGAGGGCGUGGGGGAAGGUGGAGCCGUAGGUCGUGUAGACCGUUCCAUGGCCAUUAUACGGCCGUUUAGGUAUACUCUAGGACUGUGU